AUGGGCAAGUAUGCAAACUACUUAGCCCUGUCUCCCUCAUUUUCACUGCUGUCCAAGCUGCCAGCCUGCAACAUCCUCCUGCUGGCCGCCCAGUGCUGGACACCAUCCGCCUUCUCCUUCACCUCCAUCCUGCCCCACACUGGCUUCGUCUACCACAGCGACAUCAGCCAGUCCUGCGCACUGGAGGCCAGGGUGGACAGCUCCCAUGAGAGCCAGGAUGGGAAGGUGGGGCAUGAGCUGAAGGAGGAGAUUGGGCACAAGUUUGACAAGUGGCAGGAGCCUGCCCCAGUCAAGCAGGUGAAGGUGCUACCAGCACUGCUGGAUGGGCAGAGGAAGAAGAGGGGGAGCUGGCAGUACCAGAAGAUGAAGGAAUACUUGGGGCUGACAGAGAUCCACAAACAGGCCAACAGGAUGAGCUUUGGGGAGAUUGAGGAGGACACCUACCAUGAGGACCUCGGUUUCAGCCUGGGCCACCUGGGAAAGGCCAGCAGCAACCAUGUGCACCAGACUCAGGUCAACAAGGACACCAAGGCCCAGACCAGAAAAACCCAGCAGAGGACCCUGCAGGAGCAGAGUGUUGUCUGCAGGGGCAAAUCCAUGAUUUGGGAGCACAGCUCAGGCACAGCCUCAAGCAUGGCCUUCAGCCACCUGCAGGGAGUCAAGAGCGUGAACCCGCAGGCAGCAGAGAUGGCUGAGGUCAACCAGAAAUAUUUCUCCAGCAUGGCCAAGUUCCUCAAGGUCAAGGGUGACAAAAGUGGGGCCAAAUGCUAG